UAUCUUCACAAACAGGACAGCGGAAUGGAAUGAACUUUGGCCCACUUUGGUCUUGAGCCAUGUCAGUGCGUUCAGCCCUCCUGAACCGCCGCAUAGCUGGAGGCUGCGGCAGGGUGUUGCGUGGUGUUCCUCGUCAGCUCGUCCACGUCAGAUCAGCCAGUGCUGUUGAGCCGGGCGCAAGAUCUGAUGAAGAGCAACUCUGGGAGGCAGCAGGCUUCCUGCCGUUCUCCGGAGCCAAGAUAGGAUCUUUCUUCCAGGAAAGGCCAGUGCUGAAGAACCCAUUUCUAGAGGAUGCCUUGCUCAGAGGAUACCUGAGGAGACACCUGCCUCAGGAGGCUGCUUUCUCAGACUUAUGUGCAUUUGGAGAGCGCGUGGCCAAUGAGGUAGACAGGUGGGGCAGAGAGUGUGAGGUUGCUCCUCCACAGUUGGUGCACUUUGACCCCUGGGGUCGCAGAGUGGACCACAUCGUGACCUCUCCGGCCUGGAAGCGUAUGAAAGACCUGUCUGCGCAGGAAGGACUGGUUGCCAUUGGCUAUGAGAGGUCAUUUGGAGAGUGGAGUCGUGUGUACCAAAUGAGCAAGUUGUACAUCUUCUCUCCUUCCUCUGGUCUCUACACCUGUCCUCUGGCUAUGACUGAUGGAGCUGCUAAAGUCAUACAGUCUAUAGGUGUUUCGUGGCCUGUAGAUGACGCCUACAGUCGUUUAACCUCCCGUCAGCCUGAACGUUUCUGGACGUCUGGACAGUGGAUGACAGAACGACAGGGAGGAUCAGACGUGGCCAGUGGCACAGAGACAGUGGCUGUUCCCCAGGCGGAUGGUUCCUACAAACUUCACGGCUUCAAGUGGUUCACCUCUGCUACAGACGCUGACAUGACUCUCACACUGGCCAGAGUGCAGGACAGAACAGGAGCAACCACACCGGGUAGCAGGGGUUUGUCUUUGUUCUACGCAGAGGUGAGUAGAGAUGAGGAUGGUCGGCUGAAGGGGAUAGAGGUUCAGAGACUGAAGGACAAGCUGGGCACAAGACAGAUGCCGACUGCUGAGCUACUGCUUGACGGCCUGCCAGCACACAGGCUCUCAGAGGAAGGGAGAGGUGUGGCCUCUAUAGCUAACAUGCUAACUAUAACCCGGAUCCACAACAGUGUGUCUGCAGCAGCUGCAAUGAGAAGGGUGGUCCAGUUAGCUCGUGACUACGCCACUCGCCGCACUGCCUUUGGAAAGCUUCUUAAAGACCACCCACUGCACAUACAGACUCUUGCUAGGAUGGAGGUGGAGACUCGUGGAGCAUUUCUUCUGGUGAUGGAUGUGUGUCGUCUGUUGGGUCGAGAGGAAAGUGGCAUGGCGAGCCAGCUUGAUACAAACCUGCUACGUCUGCUCACUCCUGUGGUUAAACUGUACACUGGGAAGCAGGCGGUGGCUGUGGUGUCGGAGGGUUUGGAAAGCUUCGGCGGACAGGGCUACAUUGAGGAUACCGGGUUGCCUGGACUACUUCGCGACGCACAGGUGUUGAGUAUUUGGGAAGGUACCACAAAUGUCCUGUCUCUGGAUGUGCUGCGCUGUGUGGCUCGUAGCUCAGGACUGGUUCUUCAUGCUUACUUCACCCAUGCCAAGUCCCUGCUUGCAAGUGCAUCAGGUGUUUCUUCAUUGGCUCCAGCAGUGAAAGCAGUGGAUGGCGCACUCUCUGAACUGGAGGACUUUGUUCAGGUAGCGGCUACCAGAGCACCUGGCUACCUGGAGCUAGCAGCCAGAGACCUGGCAUACAGCCUGGCUCGCACCUACACAGCUGCCCUCCUCAUUGCCCAUGCUUGUUGGAAAGGAGCCUCUCCAUCCGACACCUUUGCAGCUCUCAGGUGGUGUGAGCACGAUUUAUGUCCUGUGGCGACUAAACAGGCGAGAGGCUGCUAUGAUCCCAGCACUCCACCACUCGAUGCUGCUCUGGUGUAUGACCAGCGGAUCCAGGACUGAAUGUUCACGGAUAACAGAUGAGACU